AAAAAAACAUUCAUUCAAAUCAAGUAAUGGCCGCAAAACAGGAACAGCAAACGGGAAUGCGAACGAUGCGCUGCCUGCGGUGCCUGCAGGUGGUGGAGUGUUCGCGCUACGACACCGAUGCGCUGCUCACACACAUCAAGGACGAGCAUCCGGAGAUCUUUGAGCAGGACAAUGAUAAGAUCAAGAACCUGUACAAGCUAGCCGCCGAGCACGGGGUGAGCGAGGAGCGGGUGUCCCAGAUCGGCAAGAUGACGGGCAUGACCGAGGCGCAGAUGGCCGAUGAGGCGGAGCGUUACAUUGCAAAGCACCCGAGCAGCGGUGGAUCCAAAGCAGAGGUUUCUGCAGAGCAGCAAUCGGUAGGCAGCAGCAAGCAGCGCGAAUGCGCUGCGGCCAAGGCAAGGGCCAAUGCCAAAGCCGCUGACAAGACCCCGAAUGGCCGACGGCAGUGCUAUCGGGCAUCGAUUGAGCGCUGGAUACCCGUGGACGGGUGCCUCUACUGUCCCAGCUGCGGCACGAGCCGCCGGCCGGUGGUCAAGUCCAGGACGGAGGUGAUUACCAGCACAGGCUGUGCCGCUUCGUGCGUGAUCAGCUGCUGGCCGCUCUGCUUCCUGCCCUGCCUCGUGCCGCCCGAGAACCGGGAGUACCUCUACUGCUCCAACUGCAAGACCUUCCUGGGCAUCUACGAUCGCGAGAAGAACUGCGUCAAGCCCAGCAAGGAGUUUGUGCCCAGCUCCUGUGUCUGUCCCAAGACUUCGUAGCCAGAUAACUGUUUCAUUGUGUGUGUGUG